AUGCCGAUUUUAUUUAGUGUUGUUGCUCGAGGCACAGUAGUUUUGGCUAAGUAUGCCACUUGUGCCGGUAAUUUCACAGAAGUAACUGAACAGAUAUUAUCAAAAAUUCCACCCCACGAUGAUAAACUUACUUACUCUCAUGGAAAUUACCUCUUUCAUUAUAUUGCUGAAAAUAAAUUAGUGUACUUCUGCAUAACAGAUGAUAAAUUCCAACGUUCGAGAGCAUUCUUAUUCUUAAAUGAAAUUAAAAGAAGAUUUACUACAGCUUUUGGUGAUACUGCUCAAACAGCUAUUCCUUAUGCUAUGAAUAGUGAAUUUGCUCGAGUUCUUGCUACAGAAAUGAAACAUUAUAGUGAGUCAAAAGACCUAGAUACUAUAUCCCGAGUACAUGGAGAACUUGAUGAGCUUAAAAACAUCAUGGUUAAAAAUAUUGAUAACAUGGCAAUGCGUGGCGAGAAACUAGAACUGUUAGUAAACAAAGCUGACAAUUUAGCUACAGGUUCGGUCUCAUAUCGCACGUCGGCGAGGACCCUGCAACGUUCAUUAUUUUGGAAGAAUAUCAAAAUGUAUGUGAUACUGACUCUUAUUGUUGGUUUUGCCAUUUACCUCAUUGGAGCGAUGGCGUGCGGUGGAUUAGCGUGGAAAUCUUGUGUCGCUUAA